CCCAUACCACAAACUUCAAUCACAAUGGCCGACGGAGCUAUCACCAAGGCUGGCGUUUUCGCCCUCAACAACACUGCUGCCCCCAAGCAAGACCAGGUCCUCCCUCUCUUCUCCCUGAAGGGUAAGACCGCCAUCGUCUCCGGUGCUGGCGCCGGUAUCGGUCUGUCCGUUGCCCACGGCUUCGCUGAGGCCGGUGCCAACGUUGCCAUCUGGUACAACAGCAACAAGAAGGCCAUCGAGCGUGCCGAGGAGAUUGAGAAGAAGUAUGGCGUCAAGUGCAAGGCCUACCAGGUCAACGUUACCGAUGAGGCCAACGUCAAGAAGGCCGUCUACGACAUCACCAAGGAGUUCAACGGCCGUCUCGACAUCUUCGUCGCCAACUCCGGUAUCCCCUGGACCCAGGGUGCCAUGAUCGACGGCGAGGUCUCACACUACCACAAGGUCGUGUCGACCGACCUUGACGGCACCUUCUUCUGCGCUCGCGCCGCCGGCGAGAUCUGGAGGAGGCAGUGGGAGAAGGGCACCGACCUCAACGGCAACAAGCUCGAGAACUACAGCUACGGCAGCUUCGUCGCCACGGCCUCCAUGUCGGGCCACAUUGUCAACAUCCCCCAGCUGCAGGCUGCCUACAACGCCGCUAAGGCCGGUGUCAUCCACCUGUGCCGCUCCCUCGCCGUCGAGUGGGUCCAGUUCGCCCGCGCCAACUCCGUCUCGCCCGGCUACAUGGCCACCGAGAUCUCCGACUUCAUCCCCCAGGAGACCAAGGACAUCUGGAAGAGCAAGAUCCCCAUGGGCCGUGAGGGUGAGGCCUACGAGCUCAAGGGUGCCUUCCUGUACCUUGCCUCGGACGCCUCUUCCUACACCACCGGUGCCGACAUCAUCGUCGACGGUGGCUACUGCCUGCCUUAAGGCACCCGCACUCGCCGCAGUGUGUUGAUUUUUGAAAAGCGUAAUUUUGGAUAAAAAGUCUUUUGAUCAAGGCUUGAACUAGAUGGCUCAGCUUUAGUCCGGCGAGUCAAUGAUAGAUACGAAUUGAAUGAAAAAACGGAUCUUGAAAUCCUUCUCAAAAAAAACAAUUAUUUUCAUGUCACCAAACACGAACGUGAAAGGGCUAUGCAUGGCAUGUGAACACAACACGAAAAAGAAAAAAGAAAAGCAAA